ACGACCACAAGUGUUAGCUGCAGCAUUGGCUGGCACCAUCCAUGGCCGGCGGCCUCCGGCAGUGGCGGCUGCUCCUCGGCGUGAUGCUCGCGCUCACGGCGCCUGUUGUGGCGGCAGAAGGCGGAGGGGCGAGGGCGCCGGCGCUGUUCGUGUUCGGGGACUCGCUGAUCGACAGCGGCAACAACAACAACCUGGCGUCGCUCGCCAAGGCCAAUUACUUCCCCUACGGCAUCGACUUCGCCGACGGGCCCACCGGACGGUUCUGCAACGGAUACACCAUCGUCGACGAGCUCGCUCAGCUGCUGGGGCUGCCCCUGGUGCCGCCCUACUCUCAGGUAUCAUCCGUCCAGCAGAUCCUGCAGGGCGUCAACUACGCUUCCGCCGCCGCCGGGAUCCUCGACGACAGCGGCCAAAACUUCGUGGGGCGGAUCCCGUUCAACCAGCAGAUCAGCAACUUCGAGUCGACGGUGGCCCAGAUCGCCGGCGCGGUCGGCGCGGCGGCGGCGGCCGGCAGGCUGGGGCGGUCCAUCCUGUUCGUCGGGAUGGGGAGCAACGACUACCUGAACAACUACCUCAUGCCCAACUACGACACCAGGCGCCGGUACAACCCGCAGCAGUUCGCCGACCUCCUCGUCCGCCAGUACGCCUCCCAGCUCACCAGGCUGUACAAUGCCGGGGCGAGGAAGUUUGUGGUGGCCGGCGUGGGGUCGAUGGGGUGCAUCCCGAGCGUGCUGGCGCAGAGCCUCAUGGGCCGGUGCUCGCAGGAGGUGAACGACCUCGUGCUGCCGUUCAACGCCAACGUGAGAGCGAUGCUCGACGGCCUGAACGCCGACCUCCCCGGAGCCCGGUUCACGUACCUCGACAACUUCCGGGUGUUCCGAGCCAUCCUCGGCGACCCAGCCUCCUUCGGGUUCAGCGUGGUGGACGAAGGGUGCUGCGGGAUCGGGAGGAACGGCGGGCAGGUGACGUGCCUGCCGUUCAUGCCGCCGUGCGCGGACCGGGAGCGCUACGUGUUCUGGGACGCGUACCACCCGACGGCGGCGGUCAACGUGAUCAUCGCCAAUCAGGCGUUCCACGGCGGCGCCGACGUCGUCGCCCCCAUCAACGUUCGCCAGCUUGCCAACCUCUGAAGAUGAUCAGAACCUAAUCUGAUCGAUGAUGCUACCUUUAUUCUAUUUUACUGAACAAAAGCUACGAGUAGUAAAUUAACU